AUGACAGUCCUUGCUUUCAUCGCGCGGCGCUUUGCGACCCUUGGCGGUUCCGGUGCUAACCUGCCUAUCUUGUCUAGACACUUCAAGCGGGUGAUACGGUAUGCCCGCCCGUCCGACUACGCUCACGGCGCAGUUGCGGCAGCGGCAGGGCCCGGCCUGCUCCUGGCCAUGGAGAGAUUCGCGCCGUCCUAUGUCGGAAAGGGCGGCUUUGCACAGGCCAUGAGACUCGGUGGCUUCCUUGGUCUUGCGGGCGGUUUUAUCUACUUCUACCAACGAUCUUGCUUACGGUUUUACGGUAUGUCGGAGAACGCGCGCGAAGUCGACAUGGAUAUGCGGGAAAUGGUGGCCAAGGUCAAGGCGGGCGAGCCUCUGUACGGCGAGAGCCGGCUGUCGACAAACAUGCAGGGUGUCGCAGCGCGCCAGUCGAGGUAUUCGGCGCUGUUUAUGCAUGUGGUGCCGUGGUUCAACUUUGUCAACCACAACCAGCAUGGUGUCGACACCGCAAAGUAUUACCAGCAAGCAGAGCGGGAGCUGGAGGCUGAGCGGGCAGGAAAAUAG